GAAAAUAAACUGUUUAACUGAAAGGAAUGCUGUAACGGUAACAUCAGUAUCAAUUUAGAAACGUUACGAGUAACAACGGUUAACGGAAAAAUAAAAAGAAUAAAAAAACAGAACAAAUUUGUUUCUAACAUUUAUUUAAAUAAAUAAUUAAGAAUUAAAUUUCAUAAACAAAACUUAAAUAAAAAGUGAUGAAAAUUAAACGCUAAAAAUGUAAACAAUAAAAUAUUUCUACCAUGUUGGCAAAUAUUAAACAAUUUAAUUUAUUACCGGCAAUUUAAAGAUGUUGAAUUUCCCUAAAAAGAAAACACAGUGAAUUUAAUAAUUUGUAAUAUUAAGACAUUUAUUAAAAGUCGUGUAAGGGAUUUAUUUCCUUGUUCGUGAUUGCGGUGUUAAAUUGAAAUGUUUGCAAAAUUUUUCAAUUUAUAUUUAAGGAAAAAUGUAAACCACAAAUAAAAAUAAAUUAAAAUAUAGUGAAAUUUUAAUUAGAUACAAAUUUGUGUAAACAAAUUAAACUAAGUGAGUCUUAAUGUCGAAAUAUUUAUGGGAAUUCGUAUAAAUCGUUAGAUAUUAUUGCGAUGAAAAAAAAAAAACAAAACAAUAACAUCAUAAAUAAAUAAAUCAUACAUUAUUGAAAAAUACAAAAGUGAAAUAUUAUUUAAAUAAAUUAAAAAUUUUGAAAAACAAACACACAUGUUCAAAAAAGAAAAUAAACUCUGUAUGAAAGCACAAUUUGUUAUGAAAUUCACUUAUUUAAUCGACUUAAGUGUUAUUGCAAAUAAAUAAUAAUGCAUUGUGAAAAUAACUUAAAUUUGUCUACAUAUAAAAACUUUUAUAAAUUAUAGAAACUAUUAACUCAUCAAUAUCAUUAUUAUUUUAUUGACAAAAAAUGAUUGUGAAUAUGAAUCUUUCCGAUUCAGCGAUAAAAACUGAUGCUAUCGGCAUGUUUAAUUCGAUAUCUUCACUGGAGAGUUUAGAGAGUAAAGAUGCCUCUUUCGAUUAUAUGGAAACGACAGUCAUUGAUGGUCAAAUGGCUGAAUUUAAUGACACACUAAAAAGUAAUGAUACUUUCAGAUUGGAUCCAGUACUUAUAGAACGUUUUACACGUAAUCGCAGUAUAGAUAGUCCUUGGUUUCAUAUACUGAUACUGAUGUAUUGUACUCUCAUAAUAUUUGGAUCAUUGGGGAAUAUGUUGGUGGUUGUGGCUGUUUUACGUAAGCCCAUGAUGAGGACAGCACGUAAUUUAUUCAUAUUGAACUUGGCAAUAUCAGAUUUACUACUGUGUUUGGUAACAAUGCCCUUAACAUUAAUGGAAAUACUAUCAAAAUAUUGGCCAUUUGGCUCAUGUGCAGUGUUGUGUAAAAUGAUUGCAAUGCUACAGGCUUUAAGUAUAUUUGUUUCAACAAUUUCAAUAACAGCCAUUGCUUUCGAUAGAUAUCAGGUUAUUGUUUAUCCAACUCGUGACAGUUUACAAAUUGUUGGUGCUGUCUUCAUAUUAGCUGGUAUUUGGCUAUUGGCACUACUACUUUCAUCGCCCUUGUGUAUUUACAAGAGACUUGUUCACGCUGAUAUACCACCUGUUUUACAAGCAAUGGGCAUACACCAUGUAUCUUUUUGUAUAGAAGAUUGGCCAAUGAAUCAUGGACGUUUCUACUAUUCUAUGUUUUCGCUAUGUGUUCAAUAUUUAGUGCCAAUACUGAUUGUAUCAGGUGCCUACUUUGGCAUCUAUAAUAAAUUAAAGAAUCGUAUAACAGUGGUUACCGUACAGACAACGUCAACCCAACGUAAUAUUGAACGAGGAAGACGUAUGAAACGUACAAAUUGUUUACUAAUUAGUAUUGCGAUUAUAUUUGGUGUGUCCUGGUUACCUUUGAAUUUCUUCAAUUUGUAUGCAGACAUGAAACGUCCGGCUGUAACUAACGAUAUGCUGGUGAUGUACGCCUUCUGUCAUAUGAUUGGUAUGAGUUCGGCUUGUUCGAAUCCCCUGCUAUAUGGAUGGCUGAAUGAUAAUUUCCGUAAAGAAUUUAAAGAAAUAUUAUGCCGUUCUAAAGAAAACACUAAUAUUGCUCUUAAUGGUCAUACAACAGGAGGUGCUCAAUCACGGCGGAAAAGGAAACACAAUGACAUAGCCAAGGGUGAUCUGAAGUUAUUAAGCAGUGUUGGCUUUGGCCAUAACAGUGAUGCUGGUCGAUUGGGUAUAUCAAACAACAAUACAACAACUAAUGGUCUACGCAGUGCUGUUACUGAAUCGGUGGCAUUAACAGAAAAUCCCCUGUCAACGGAAGUGACAACAUUAGUAAUGCGUUUUUGUCAUUUCAUGUUCUUCUUUUUAGAUGUCUGUAAACGUGUUUGUGUCCUCACGCCUGUGAUUGUAUAAAAUAAUUGAUAACUUUAUUUAAAUAAAUUUUAGACCAAAUCAAAUAUAAACUUAUAUUUAAAAAAAAAUACGAAUUUUUAUAAAUUAUAUAAAUAACUCUAUUAUAAAAAAUGAA